AUGGAGCAAAAUGAAUACUACACCGACGAGGUUCGAGUCCUGUUGAAUAAUCGAGACCGUCCAAUAGCUGAAUGGAUAUCUAUCGAGAAGAACAGUCCAUUAUACAAGUUGUCACCGUUUGCCGAUGAGUAUGGAAUUGUUAGGAUGGAAGGCAGAACCGCCAACGCUGCCUACGCCAAUUUCGACGCUAGGUUUCCAAUAAUUCUCACCACGGGUGGUCAAAUAACUCGAAUGCUUUUGAAUCACUACCAUCGUCAAUAUGGUCAUGCAAACAAAGAAACUAUUGUAAAUGAGGUUCGUCAACGGUUUGAAAUCUCACAUUUACGGUCGAUCAUGGAUAAUAUUUCUCGAAACUGUUGUUUCUGCAAGGUGACUAAGUGUAAGCCGAUCCCUCCACGAAUGGCACCGUUACCCGAGCAACGCUUGACGCCGAAAGCUCGACCCUUUAGUUACGUCGGUAUUGACUAUAUGGGCCCGCUAGAAGUUACCGUCGGUAGACGCAAAGAAAAGAGAUACGUCGCUGUAUUCACGUGCCUGGUUAUACGGGCUAUCCAUUUAGAGGUCGCUUAUGAUUUGACCAGCGAGUCGUGCAUCAUGGCGAUCCGCAGAUUUACGCGCAGGCGAGGAUCUCCGGUUCAAAUCUUUUCUGAUAAUGGCACUAAUUUUGUGGGAGCUAGCCGCGAACUGCAAAAACAGAUCAAUGUGGAAUGCGCCGGCACCUACACCGAUGCACGAACGAAAUGGUCGUUCAAUACCCCAUCCGCUCCUCAUAUGGGAGGGUAUGGGAACGAAUGGUGA